AGCAAUACUGCAGACUAAGACCAUUUCAACAAUAAGGUUGUUUUUUCCAUCAGAAGAGAGUGUUUUCUUCUCUGGAGGUCUGUGCUGUGCAUGUUUCAAAGAUGGAAGUGCCCUGGACAAUAUUUCUAAUUCUACUUUUACAAAUUUUGACGAGAACCACUUCAGCAACACUGGUCGCCAGCUGUGAUUCUUGCCACGGUGAAGCCUCCUGCUGGGAGACCAGAGAAAGAGGUGACACUUUCGCCAAGAGGACCUUCUCUUGUGUUUGUAGAGAUGGUUUUGUUGGUGAUGGUCUGACCUGCUACGAUAGAAAUCUCUGCAACAACUCUCCCUGCUGUGAGGGAGGUUAUCGAUGGUCUCCAGACCUCGGCUGUGUUGACAUUGAUGAGUGCUCUCAACAGAGCUCCCCGUGCCCAGCGCAUCAGAUUUGCUCUAACAGACCAGGGUCCUAUGAAUGCCUGCAGGCUUCCUCCAACAACAGACCAGGUCUCUUUGAGGGAGAGCUCCGACUGGCCAAUGGAGGAAGGCGUUGCUCCGGCAGAGUGGAAAUCUUUCACGAUGGACAGUGGGGGACAGUGUGUGAUGACAUCUGGGACAACAUUAAUGCUCAGGUGGUGUGUCGACAGCUGGGCUGCGGAAGAGUCAUUUCAGCAACAUCAAGUGAACAUUUUGGACAGGGAACUGGGCCCAUAUGGCUGGAUGACGUGAGGUGUGAAGGAAAUGAACGGCAGCUAUCAGAAUGUCAACAUCUAGGGUUUGGAUAUAAUAACUGUGUUCACUUUGAGGACGCUGGUGUUGUCUGUGAAGAGCCCUUCGUACAUCUUACUUGUGGCCGAGAUAAACUCCAAGUAGGACUGGAUCUCAAUGGCAUGCAGUCUCUUGGUUUGGAUCCAUUCUCUGGCCACUUUGCUGCUCGCAGCUGCUCAAGGUUCAAAGUUCAAGGGGAUGUUGUGAUAUACGAGGUGGAGGCUCGAGCCGGUGCCUGUGGAAAUAUACUGACGGUCAACAGUACACAUGCCGUCUUUGGCAACAAUUUAUUUCUCUACUCAGCAAACAAUGAAUCCUUCCAACUUCCCAGGAGAUUUCCGUUCUCCUGUUUCUAUCCUUUGGAAACUGACACCAGUCUGAAUGUGGCUGUAAGACCAAAUUUAGAGUGGGAAGGAAACAUUUCAGGUACAGGUGCCAAGCCCAGAGCCUCCAUGUCUCUGUUCCUGGACUCCAACUACAGUGACACUUACCCAGCAGGCCAGGUCACCCUGCCAGUGGGCUCGCCGUUGUACGUCGGCGUUUCUGUGGAGGAAAUGGACUCAAACUUGGCUGUUGUUCUGGAGAACUGCUUUGCCACUCACACGUCAAACCCUGAAGACCCUGAACGAUACCCCCUCAUUGAGAACAAAUGCUCCUCGGAUCGCCGUCAGGUGUCCGUGGUUCAGAGCGGCUCCUCCCUCCAGGCUCGUUUCACUGCUCUGUUGUUCCUGCUGGGGGAAGAAUAUGGAGAAAUUUAUCUUCACUGUAGCCUGAGCCUGUGUGACCAGAGACUCUCCAACUGUGUCCCGGUUUGUCAAAGCAGAAAGUUGCGUUCUGCUUCAAGCCUUGCUGCAUUGAAGCCCGUCACCACUGGACCAAUAGUCUGGCGCAAAUGAAGAAAUAACAAGCUUUUUUUCCUUGAAACAUGACACUUAUGAAAACUAAUCAGACCAGUUGAAAUAAGAAAAAUGUUUGUGUUUAAUUGAUCUGAUUGAUGGAUGAGUUUUGGGGGAAAUUGCUUUUACUGAAAUUAAACUGAUGGAUGCUAUUUGUAUUUGAUUGUCAAAUUUAAUUGGUCAAAUUUAACUGUAUUUCUAUCUUUUACCAAUAUGUGAUGCUGUAAUUAUUAUGAAGUACUUUAGUCAUGUGAGGUUGUUGUAAAUCUCCAGGUACUGGAGUUUAAGGAGUGAAACCUCAGUGAUUGGUGGUUCAUAGAUGAUGAGCUGUUUAUUAGAAGUGGUCAGGAUAGCGCACUAGCAUGAAGGCACCGGUGGAGAGGAGUCAGGUAGUAAUGUCUAGCAUGUACACCGCAACCUGUAUGUCAUAAGUAAUUGCUAAGUAAAUAAACUUUGAAAUAAAUUAAUCUG